AUGCAGCACUAUGGAGUGAAUGGCUAUUCUCUUCAUGCCAUGAAUUCUCUGAGUGCCAUGUAUAAUCUUCACCAACAGGCAGCACAGCAAGCUCAGCAUGCCCCAGACUACAGGCCGUCUGUGCAUGCUCUGACGCUGGCAGAGAGACUGGCUGGCUGUACGUUUCAAGACAUCAUUUUGGAGGCCCGUUAUGGCUCCCAGCACCGCAAACAGAGGAGAAGCCGCACAGCUUUCACAGCCCAGCAGCUGGAAGCCCUGGAGAAAACUUUCCAGAAGACUCACUAUCCAGAUGUGGUGAUGAGGGAGAGGUUGGCCAUGUGUACCAAUUUGCCAGAAGCCAGAGUUCAGGUUUGGUUUAAAAACAGGCGAGCCAAGUUCCGAAAGAAGCAGCGCAGUCUGCAAAAGGAGCAGCUGCAGAAGCAGAAGGACUCUGAAGCCAACCACAGUGAGGGCAAAGCAGACACUCCCGUCCUAGAAACACAGACUCCGGCUCCUGAUGCAGACAAAUCCAUGAGCCUGCCCAGUGAAGUCAACGCAGAGCUCAACCUGACUCUCUCGGAGCAGUCGGCCAGCGAGUCGGCAGCUGAGGACCAGACAGACAGAGAGGAAGAAUUCAAGAUCUCACUGGAGGAGAACAAAGCAGAAAAGAGCCCCGGAGCCGAAAACAAGGCACUGAGCAGCAAGAGAGCAAGCCCAAAAGCAGAUUCCCCCGUCAAUGCCACGGCCACGCCAUCUUCCAGUAGCAGCAUGUCUCAGACACACUCCUAUUCCUCCUCGCCCCUCAGCCUCUUCCGCCUGCAAGAGCAGUUCCGCCAGCACAUGGCAGCCACAAACAACUUGGUCCAUUACUCCUCCUUGAAAUGGGGAGCCCUUCCACCAUGCCUUAUUUGGGCAUGA